AGCGUUGUUGCCCAGUCUUGCACCAUAAUCUGUAAAACUUAGAUUGGUAAACAGUCUAAAACUAUAUAAACACACAAGAAAGCUUUUACUGUAGAUAAAAGUGCUUGAACUAUUAAACAUGAAGGUCUUGUGUUUUGUGCUACUUUGGUGUGUCAUGCAGGUGCUGUCAAGGGACGUGCCCGACGAAUCACUAGACGACUACGCGUUUGAAUGUUUUAAAGAACUCAACAUCGAUAAAGCGAAGUUCUCGUCGUACUUCGAUGACGACAUGAGGAUGCGCGAUUUGGAUGAAACCGGAAUUAAGAUAAUGAAAUGUGGAGUUGAAAAGAGCAACUUUUUCAACCAGGACGGAAACGUUAAUAAAGAUGUGAUGAUGAAAUCCGUUACCAAAUGGCUUAAACUGCGGCUUACUAAGGGCGGGGAUAAGGAUUGGGAAGCGUUGGCCGAGCAAUUUUGGGGAAAAUGUGAGGAUCGCUUGAAGGGGGAGGACAAAGUGGAGGUGAUGAAAAAUUGGAAUCACUGUUUUACUGAUGAAGUUAUUCUUUAUAAUAAAUAAACAUGCUUUUUCUGUCUAAUAAAUAAUGUUUAGACUUC